CAAGCUGCCAGUCAGUGCUGGGAGUCACUGGCCGUGGGGAGUUCAGCAUUCCUCUCCAUUCUGCAGCAUGGCUGAAGAAGACUUCCCGCCUUCAGGAGGAGUCAUGGGGAUGCUGGAGAAAAAUUCCUCUGAUGUUAUAUUAAGUGAGCAAACUCAGCUUCAGCUGUUCACGCCCAUUAUCAGCAGAUUGAUCUCUGCCUUUUACAUCCUCGUGUUGUGCAUUGGGCUCCCAGCAAAUGGCUUCGCCCUUUGGGCAAUGGUUCGAGAAAGCAAGAAACCAUCCACCAUCUUCCUGAUGAACCUGGCUGUAGCUGACCUGCUCCUGAGCCUCGUGCUGCCGUUCAAAAUUCACUACCACAUUCUGGGCAACAACUGGCUCUUUGGUGAAGCUCUGUGUCGCACAGUCACUGCCUUUUUCUACGGGAACAUGUAUUGCUCUGUCCUGCUGCUCACCUUCAUCAGCAUCGACAGGUACUUCGCUCUGGUCCAUCCCUUUCUCUCCAAGCGUUUCCGGGACAAUAGCUUCGCUGUCGGGAGCUGUUGUGUGAUUUGGGUGAUCGUGGUUCUCUCUGUAAUUCCUUUCCUUUUAAUGGAACAGAGCUUUGACAUCCAUGGUUUAAACAUCACCACCUGUCACGAUGUGUAUCUGGAGAAGACACAGUUUGUUUAUUUCUAUUACUGGCUAGUGGUUGUGAUUGUUGGAUUUUUAAUUCCGAGCCUCAUCACUAUAUUUUGUCACAGUUUUGUGAUCAGAGCAUUAACAGUUAGUGAUGUAAAGUACAAAAAAGCUGCAAGAGUUACUCUGAUGCUGCUGUUUGUAUAUCUAGUGUGCUUCACUCCCAGUAACACAGUACUGCUGGUACACCAGUGGAUCCCUGAUCUGCACAAAUAUUACUCCUUCUUCCUGCCUCUAAGCACCUUUAACGGCUGCUUUGACCCUUUCCUCUAUUACUAUGUUUCUGAGGAUUGUAGAAACAGAGUGAAAACAAUGCUCAGGAUCAACACAUUUCAGAGCAGCUCCAUUUCGCAGCGAUCUACAAAGGUGGAGCUGACCACCCCCAUGUUCUCCGCACCUCAAUCCUCAGGGAGUGUGUGCCAUGUGUGCAGAGAUUCAAACAAGACAACCCCGAGAAUGGAGCAUUAACCUUUCAACUGCUUCCAAGACAGGCCAGGAACACAGAUUCGGCUGUCAUUCUUACUGA